AUGUUUUCAUCAAAGCUCUCUACACAAUUAUUUCUCUUAUGUAUUUCAUCAACAUUGAUUUUUGGUGAAUCUUUAUUCAAUCGUGCAACACCAAAUUGGAUUGGUGUUUUCGAUGCAACAAACGGAUGCGAUCAAACCAUAUGUUGUUGUCCAACUGGUACUAUCAAUCUUAGUCCUGUUCAAACAACUAAAUUACGUGUUCAAGCAAACUUCGAUGGUACUUGUCCACAAAAACCACUUUUUGUUGAUUCAACGGUUGAUAUGCCAACGACUUUCACUACAAUUAUAUCCUUUUUACAAGAACCAGUGACUGUUCGACUUAGUGAUGAUAGUCAAAGAAUCACUUUUGUUAACGCAAUAGCUCCUAUUUGUAAUGGUGAUGCUAUUCGAAAGAACGGUGCGCGUUUAUCCACUGAAAUCAAUUCAAUCUUUUUCGUAGUGCUCACUGCUUUAUUAACUCUUAAACAAUUUGUGUUUUAA